CUUUCGGGCUUUGGCUGCCGACCCCCAGAGAUGCCAGCAGACCUCAGCGGCACCUGGAACCUUCUCAGCAGCGACAACUUCGAGGGCUACAUGCUGGCCCUGGGUAUUGACUUUGCAACUCGUAAGAUCGCCAAGUUGCUGAAGCCACAGAAGGUGAUUGAACAAAAUGGGGAUUCCUUUACCAUCCACACGUACAGCAGCCUAAGGAACUAUCUCGUUAAGUUCAAAGUUGGAGAAGAAUUUGAGGAAGAUAACAAAGGCCUGGAUAACAGAAGAUGCAUGAGCUUGGUUACCUGGGAGAAUGACAGACUCACUUGUGUGCAGAAAGGGGAGAAGAAGAACAGAGGGUGGAGCCACUGGAUUGAAGGGGGCCAGCUCCACCUGGUACCUACCACAUUUUGUUCUUUAAAAAACAUUUUUGAGGAAAUGUUCUGUGAAGGCCAGGUGUGCAAACAAACAUUCCAGAGAGCCUGAUCCGAUCCAGCAGCAGAGCCCUCUAGAGGCUACUGUUCAGUGCUGAAUUGCCUUGCAGAAGGAACGGGUGUUUAUCUGUCUUGCUUAGACAAAGGGCCUUGUGAUUGGAAAGAUGUCACCCAGCCUGUACUAGAAGCUAUGUGACUACAGGACAACUUCAGCUGCAAUAAACCUGU